AUGAGCAGCCCGAAGCGGAGAAUUGAAACCGAUGAUUGUAUGUAUGGAGAUGCUAGAAUGAGGUUUUCAACUGCUGCUUACUCAAAUCCCCGUAAUUUCUGCAGGCAAGAAUUCUAUGUCCGCUUCAAGGGACCGGAAGAGACACCGUUUGCCGGCGGUCACUGGAAAAUCCAUGUGGAAUUGCCUGACCAAUACCCCUAUAAGAGUCCCAGUAUCGGAUUUGUGAACCGAAUCUUUCACCCGAACAUCGAUGAGCUGUCCGGCUCAGUGUGCCUGGAUGUUAUCAACCAGACAUGGUCGCCAAUGUAUGACAUGAUUAACAUUUUCGAGGUCUUCCUGCCCCAGCUCCUCCGUUAUCCCAACCCCUCCGACCCUCUUAAUGGAGAAGCUGCGGCCUUGAUGAUGAGGGAGCCAAAGGGGUACGAGGCCAAGGUGAAAGAAUAUGUCGCGAAGUACGCCAGCAAAGAGGCUGUGGAUGAGGCAGGCGAAGAUACCGAGUCUGAGGACGAACUCAGCUCUGCUGGCAGCUAUGACUCUGGUGGCGAAGAACCCGCUGGUGCAAUGGACGAUGUCUAG